AUGGGGCAAAAUUGGACGGUGAGCACUUCACUGUUCCCGGCACGUAUUGGCGGUGAACUUGGGCAAGAUUCUGGUUUGGUACCGCAAACCUACAUGAUCGGCAAGGAUAAGACCUUAAAUCCAGACAAAUAUUACAUCGUAACGUUUGCUCUAUUCUCCAAUGGGGAGUCAUCUUCCCCUUCGAACACGCCUUUCCCAUAUAACGGCCCGUAUUUCCCUGCUGUGUCAUACGAAGACAAUACUCGGGCGCAAUACACUGUCCUCACCCAAAAGCUGGGCAUAGAACGUGUAUACUGCGUCGUGGGUUUCUCAAUGGGCGGGCAACAGGCUUACCACUGGGCGGUCAUGUACCCCAAUUUCAUAGACAAAUACGUUUGCAUAUGUGGAUCGGCUCGGACCAGCCCCCAUAACAAGGCUUUCCUAGAAGGGCCGAAAGCGGCGUUGGUAGCGUCGAAAGACUUUGAAAAUGGUCACUACACGCGCACUCCACAUCAUGGCAUCCGGGCGUUUGCGCGCGUCUACUGUGCUUGGGCAUAUGGACAGAGCUGGUUCAGGAAAGAGGGAUACCUGCAGGAUGGACGGUACACUAGCAUGCAAGAUUUCAUUAGAGAAGACUGGGAAGCCGGAUACCUUAGAGCUUGGGACGCUAACGAUAUGCUUACCCUCCUUCAUACUUGGCAAACAGGCAACGUCGCGGCAGUCAAGGACGGUGGUGAUUUGCCGAUGUGCUUGGGUGCAAUCAAAGCUAAAGGUCUCAUUAUGCCGUGCAAGACGGAUCUCUACUUUACGCCCGAGGACAGCGAGAUAGAGGUAUCGUAUAUGAAAGAGACCGCUAAACUAGUGGUGAUCCCAUCCGUCUGGGGGCAUUUCGCCGGUGGCGGGUCUAACACGGGUGAUGACGCCUUUAUUAGGGACCAGGUGGUCGCCUUCCUUGAAAACUAGCGUCGUGGUGACGGUGCUCCGGAUUCUCAGUUGACGAAACUCGAACGGGCUAAUUUCAGCGAGAUAAGGAGUAAAACUGAAUAUGCCAUUACCUUCCUUUGUCCACUUAUAGCUAUGAGAUGGUUCCCCCC